GAAGUUGCGUCGAAUGACUGCGCACAGCUAUCGAGGAAAAUGGCGGACCAACCCCUAAAAAAUGAACCACCUUUCAAACGUCAAAAACUCAAUGAAGAGAGUACUGAUGAUUCAGAACAACAAGGAUGUUCUAAUAUUAAUAUACCAAAAGAUAAUGAAGCUGGGAAUACUGAGCAAAGUCAUGAGACACAAACAGACAACUCUGACAAUUGUAGCGAGAUCAGUAAUCUGUCAGGACUAUCUGAAGAAGCAUGGAAACCUACAUCAGGUGCUAUGACAUGGAUUCACAAACAGAUAAUGAAUGGAGUAAACCCUCGCCCAAUACUAAACGGUUUGAUACCUGAUGAUACAUUAAUCCCGAAUGACAUUGAUGAUUUUACUUUAUGGAAGAUAGUCAUUAACAUAAUGUCAGAGCCACCUCCAAGAAAGAAACUCAGCCAUAUCAACACACUGCAAGAUGUCAUACAACUUCUUCAGAACUGUAAAAAUAUAAUGGUUCUUACUGGAGCUGGGGUAUCUGUAUCCUGUGGUAUUCCUGAUUUCCGAUCCAGAGAUGGAAUCUAUGCUCGCCUGGCUGUAGACUUCCCAGAUUUACCUGAUCCACAAGCCAUGUUUGAUAUCAACUACUUCAGUAAUGACCCUAGACCUUUCUUCAAAUUUGCAAAGGAAAUAUAUCCAGGUCAAUUUGAACCAUCCCGCUCACACAAGUUUAUAAAUACAAUUGAGAAACAUGGUAAAUUGUUAAGGAACUACACACAGAAUAUAGACACACUGGAACAAGUUGCUGGUAUUACUAAAGUUAUUCAAUGUCAUGGUUCUUUUGCUACAGCCACUUGUAUGUCAUGUAAACACAAAGUUAGUGCAGAAAUUGUAAGAGAAGAUAUAUUUAAUCAGGUUAUACCCAAAUGUUCAGUGUGCCCUCCAGACAGUCCAACAUCAAUAAUGAAACCAGACAUAGUAUUUUUUGGUGAAAGUUUGUCUGAUGAGUUCCACAAACAAAUGACAGAAGACAAAGACAAGUGUGAUCUACUUAUUGUGAUUGGAUCAUCUCUCAAAGUGAGACCAGUGGCACUUAUACCAAAUUCAUUGCCUGAAGAUGUACCUCAGAUUCUCAUCAAUAGAGAACCUCUUAAACAUUUAAACUUCGAUGUUGAAUUACUUGGUGAUUGUGACGCUAUUGUGGAGGAACUAUGUAAACAUUUGAAUUGGGACAACAAAUCACGGUCGCCUUUACUUCAUGAGAUAUCAAAAUGUGAACUAAAAACACCAACAUCGUCUGACCUUGAUGAGAGUGGCAGUGACAAUGAUGUUAAAAGUCUGGGGUCACCUGAAAUUAAAAGUGCAGAAAGUAAAUCAGAUGACAGUAGCUGUGAUCAAAAGACAGACAAAGAAGUGUCCAACUUACAGCAUGUCAAAGUUUGUGAUGAGAAAGAUGAAAAUAACAGUGUUAAAAAUGACAAAAAGCCACACACUCCAGUCAGUGUUGUGAUGGACAAUAGUAAAAGCUUUACUGUCAUGAAUAAAUCAGAUUCUAGUCCAGCUAUUACUUCACAAAAGACUGAUGAAACAGAUGGUGUAAUGAUUAAUGGAAAUACUCCUGUGGAGACCAGUUCUAAAUUAAAUGAAACAGUUAGUAAAGACAGACUUUCAGCUGAUGAAUGUAACAGUAAGACCACUGGCACUUCCGAAAAUUCUAAACUAGAUAGCAAAGACAGUUGUUUGUCUGGUGAAUCAAAGAAUAAUUCAGCAUUAGCAGUUGAUAACAACAAGAAUGAUUUGCUGGCGUCUGAUGAUCCCAAAGAUGAGGAGGAUGAUGAUGAUGACGAUGAAGACUUUGAGAUAAGAAAUAUGUGGAAACCAGGUCAUCAUGGCAGUCUUGCUAAAAGAUUAGAAGGCAAGCAGUACUUAUUUCUUCCUCCUAGUAGAUAUGUAUUUUCUGGAGCAGAGGUGUAUUCUGAUAUGGAAGACGAUUCGGACUCUGAUAUAUCAUCAAUGUCUUCUGACUCAGAUGAGGAAUCACAGAACAGUAUUAAUGAUGAUGAAAAGAACGAUUCCAACACUCUCCCUUCUGUAAAUGAUGAAAAGGGAGAUUCUGAAUCACACCUUGUCAAUGGUGAGGAAAGGAAUGAUUCCAAAAUUCUCCCUUCUGUAAAUGGUGAAAAGGAAGAUUCAAAAUCACAUCUAGUCAAUGGUGAUGGCUCAAUAAACAAUGAAACAAAAGACAUCAACAACCCGGUGAAUGGUGUUUUCCGUGAUCAGACAAACUUAUCUUGUAAAGCAGAUCUUAACACCUCAAAUGGAAUGUUUAAACAUGACUCUCAACAAAAGACAAAACCAUUGCAAAAAUCAUGUAAUGGGAUGCAUCAAAGCUAUGAUGAAUUAGAGGAAUCUGAAAAAGUUCGUCCAGUUGACAAACACAGUGAUUUAUUACCUCAGUCUGACAAUAUAUAACAUGGUGUAGGAUCAUUUCACAGAAUAAUGGCAUUGUACUUUAAUCAUUGUUUUCAAGAGUUUUUUGUUAAAAAAAUAUUUUUCAUUUCCUGCUCUUGUUGUGUUAUCUUUGUCAUAUUAACAAAACUGCAACAAUGGCAAUCACUGUGUGAUAAUAAUCAUUUUCCAUUUAUAAUUAUAAUUCAUCUGGAUUUAGUAAUAUUUGUGGGUACAUGUUUUCAUGGGUACUUGAUUUCAUUGUUUAACAAACUAUAAAUUAUAGGUUUGUUUUUGUUGAAUUGGUUCACCUAUACAUAAACAUCCAUGAAAAUCUGUAGCACUCAACUACUGUGAAUUCAUUUAUUUUCAUAGGUAUUAUUUUUUGGUGGUUUGAGGAAAACUUGCAUUUUCGUAGAUAUAUUUGAUUUCAUGGUUUUGCCAAAGUGACGUAGUCUACAUAUAACCUUAUAGACAAAUUUUAAUAAGUUGAACACUUAAUUUCAUGUUUCAGAUGUAUGAUAAAAUGCCACGAAAAUUUGUAUCCAAUGAGUAAUAAUGAGUCCACAGUAAUAAUAAUGAAUCCAAAUUAUAUGAGGUUCAAGCUGCAAUUCUUAUUUCAGCAAUUUGCAGGAAUUCUUUGAAAGUAAGAUUAUGAAAAAAUCUAAAAAAUGUCUUUUGAACUAUCCAAAAAGUUACUGUCUAGUUUUUGAAGUACACAGGUACUUAUAUUGCAUGAACAAAAAAUGUGUUAGAAAAAUAUAUGUUAAAAACCAUAUUUAAAAAAAAGAAAUUCAGAUGAUUCAUUGAAACAUCUGUUUUUGUCAUUAUGUAAUGUCUAACAGAAAACUUCUUGUUUUAGACUAAUCACUAGUUACUAGAUUGAUAAACUUCUAAAAUUCUAGACAAGACAACUUUUUAGGGGAGAUAAUUCAUGUUAAAUAUUUGAUGACUUGAAAAAUUUCAUUACUAUGUAAUUGACUUAAAAGUGAGGUUAAUUAUUUUAAAAAGUAUUCUGCAUCCAAAUGUGGAUUGUACUUUUAUUUUGGCACAUUACUUUGUAAGUAUGUGAAGGUUCGAACAUCUUUUAAGAAAACUGCACUUUCUUUUUUUAUAACACAAGCAAUCUUAAAGACUUGAAACACCUCAAGGGGAGAUAAUUUAACUGUCAAUAGUAUAAAAAAAAAUUCCUACAGUUUUCUAUAAUAAAAAAAUCUUUUUCCUGAAAUUUACCUGACAAGUUUUUCUCUUAUAUAAAUUUUCCUUUUAUAAAUAUCACUAAAUAAAAGUAAGGUAUAAAGUAGCAGGAUUUCAAUGUUUUAUUCAGAAAUCUUUUAAUAUAUUUUAAAAACUUAAAUAUUGCCAAUGAAACUUUUCCUUGUUUCUACUUCAGUAAAUACUAAAAUGUAUGUAUCCUAAAUAUGAUUUGCUUGGAAUACUGAUCCUGUCUCCACAUUACAUUAACAAUGAUCUGACAGCAUUCUGUUUUCUUAAAAAAGUUUCAAAAUUUUCAGGACUUGCUAUAAUGUUAAAUAUAAAAAAAAUGUGAUGCUGUAUUUUCAUUGGUUAAUGCAAUGAUAACUAAUGCAUCAAGGGAUACAGAGCAUUGUCUGGUCCUAGUAAAUGAGUCAUUGACAAGGGAUCUGUAUUAUAAUCAAAUUGUCUUAUUUCAAAUUUGAAAUAUUAAAGAUGUAUUGUUCAUAACAAUUUAUAGAUUUAUAAA